AAAAUUAAUUAUCCUCCAAUAGUGGCGAAAUGCUCGCGAGAUAAUUCCUGGCGAAUCCUUAAUAAAGGCGGCCGCACAUUCGCAGAUCUCAUUCUUAGCGCAAACCCUGCAACUAUAGCGACGACAAGUGCGUGGAUCGUCUAGACAUCAUCUGCAAUGGAGACGAAGCUUACCGCCACUUUCCUGUGCGCCGCACUCGCAAUUUGUGCAGUUUUCGCGAAUCCGCUGCCCGAGGAGGGCUCCGAGUUCAGUGAGGAAGACCAUGACGCUGACAUCAAGAGGGUUCGAAUGUUGAGUCUGGGCAGGCCAGACGCGAAUGUUGGCAUGCACGUUGGAAGAUGGAAUCCAGAGUCAGGCAUAAACCCGGAAGAAUUGGGUUCGUAUUAUGAAGGUGACAUGCUUUCCCUGCCAACCAGCCAAGGCAGAAACGGAAUCAUCAACACCUACUAUCGGUGGCCAGGAGCAAUCGUUUACUAUAGAAUCCAGGGAGCAUUCACUGUUAACCAGACGGCUCUGAUCCAAAGAGCGUUCGACGCAUACCACGCUAACACGUGCAUCAGAUUUAAGCCAUACGACGGAACGCAGAGCAACUACUUGAUCAUCAAGAGCGACAACUCAGGGUGCUGGGCCACAGUCGGAAGGGCCGGAGGCAUGCAGUACGUUAACCUGCAAGUUCCCGGCUGCGUCACUAUGGUGGGCACGGUCAUCCACGAGUUGAUGCACACAAUUGGCUUUUUCCACGAGCAGUCGCGUACCGACAGAAACCAACACGUGAACAUUUUGUGGAGUAACAUUACACCAGGUAGAGAAGGCAACUUUGAUAUCAGAGAUUCGACUGCAUUCGGCGUGACUUACGACUACGCUAGUGUUAUGCACUAUUCAUCAAAGGCGUUUUCAUCUAAUGGUCUUCCCACAAUUCAAACUAUAAAUCCGGCUGGAGCUUCAAUUGGACAGAGGAACGGAUUCAGUCAAAAAGAUAUCCAGAAAAUUAAUGCAAUGUACAACUGCGCAGUCUGAUGCAACGUCGAUAUUCCCUGACUAUGUGAAACCCUGAACUAUUUAAAAUAUAUUUAAUAAGCAAGCAAAUA